CAUUCGGCAUUCGUUCAUCAUUCGCCGACAGCUUCGCGUGGUUGUUUUUUUCGCGCCGCGCGUUCAAUACUCAGUUUUGUUUAUUGGGGCAAUAUUAAGGGUGUUUGGUCGUUAUUGUCGUGUAUUUCGUAUGGGAACAACGCCGAACGAACGUAACGAAAAGUAUUAAAUCUUAGUAAUAAGUGUUAAACACAGACACAACAAUAAAGUUAACACAUCAAAAGCAAUUCUAAAAAAACACAAGCGAAAAUGUUUUCAAGACCCAGCUUGUGUGGCAGUCUCGGCAAAUUGUGUCGCAGUGGAACUGCAGCAGUGACGACUACAACCCCAGCAACAUCAGCUCUGACACCGCUGUGCGAUGCUCGCAACUAUCAUGAGGUUGUCGGCGACAUCAUCUGCCCCUCGCAGGUGCGCGGCAUCGAUCACAUUCGCGAUCCCCGCCUGAAUAAGGGCUUGGCUUUUACGCUCGAAGAGCGUCAGGUGCUGGGCAUCCAUGGACUGCAACCGGCGCGUUUCAAGACGCAGGAGGAGCAGCUGCAGCUGUGCAAGAUUGCGGUGAAUCGCUACACGGAACCACUCAACAAGUAUCUGUAUCUGAGUGAUCUGCACGAUCGCAACGAGCGCCUCUUCUUCCGCUUUCUCUCCGAGAACAUCGAAGAUCUGAUGCCCAUUGUGUACACGCCAACCGUCGGCCUCGCCUGUCAGCGCUUCGGUCUGAUCUACAGACGUCCCCAUGGUCUCUUUGUCACCUUCAACGAUCGUGGCCACAUCUUCGAUGUCAUGAAGAACUGGCCCGAGCCAAAUGUGCGCGCCAUUUGCGUAACAGAUGGCGAACGCAUCCUGGGUCUGGGCGACUUGGGCGCCUGCGGCAUGGGCAUUCCUGUGGGCAAAUUGGCUCUGUACACUGCUCUGGCUGGCAUCAAGCCACAUCAGUGCCUGCCCAUUGUGGUGGACGUGGGCACCAACAACAUUGAUCUGCUCGAGGAUCCGCUGUAUGUGGGUCUGCGACAGAAGCGCGUCGUGGGACGCGAGUACGACGACUUCAUCGAUGAGUUCAUGGAGGCAGUUGUCAAGCGCUAUGGCCAGAACACGCUUAUCCAGUUUGAGGACUUUGGCAACCACAAUGCAUUUAGAUUCCUAGACAAGUACCGCAAUACAUACUGCACCUUUAACGAUGAUAUUCAGGGCACAGCUGCUGUGGCUGUUGCCGGUCUGUACGCCUCCAAGCGUAUCACGGGUAAGUCCUUCAAGGAUUACACUUUCCUUUUCGCUGGCGCUGGCGAGGCAGCCAUUGGCAUUGCCGAUCUCGUGGUUAAGGGCAUGGUUGCCGAGGGCGUUCCCAUUGAAGAGGCUUACAGCCGGAUUUUCAUGGUGGAUAUUGAUGGUCUGCUGACCAAGUCACGUAAGGUGGGCAACCUAGAUGGCCACAAGGUGAACUAUGCCAAGGACAUUGAGCCCAUGCAGGAUCUGGAGCAGAUUGUGAGCACCGUCAAGCCCAGCGUGCUCAUUGGCGCUUCGGCCUGUGCCGGACUCUUCACGCCCAAGAUCCUGCGCACCAUGGCAGACAACAACGAGAGGCCCAUCAUCUUUGCUCUCUCGAAUCCCACUAGCAAGGCUGAGUGCACUGCCGAGGAGGCUUACCAAAACACAGAUGCCCGCGUCAUCUUCUCGUCUGGCUCGCCCUUCCCACCGGUUACAGUGGGCGACAAGACCUACUAUCCCGGUCAGGGCAACAAUGCCUACAUUUUCCCCGGCGUCGGUCUGGGCGUCAUCUGCACUGGCACCCACCACAUACCCGAUGACAUGUUCCUAAUUGCCGCCCAGGAACUGGCCAACUUUGUGGAGCCCACGGACAUCGAGCGUGGCUCACUGUAUCCUCCUCUGUCGAGCAUUCGCGAUGUCUCUAUGAACAUUGCCAUUGGUGUGACCAAGUGUGCUUACGAUAAGGGACUGGCUUCCACUUACCCUGAGCCACAGGACAAGCGCAAGUGGCUGGAGGAUCAGCUGUACAACUUCAACUAUGAGACGUCGAUGCCUGUGACGUGGGCCUGGCCCCGCAUGCCCUACAUAAAGACUCGUGCCGAGAGUCCGCUAAUUGCCGCAAUUAAAUAAUUGAUUCACUCACUUCUGUUGAAUGAUCGGUUGAUGGCACAUUUGUUUUGCAUUCUAACCCACUCUUCGUGCUCCUUCAACCACCACCAAAAAACUACUACUACUACUGCUACUACUAUCGAUUCACCAUCAGCACCACUCACUAACCAAGCAUAGGCCUAGCAAAUUGUGCUACUUCUGCAACGGCUCACACUAUCUACAUAUAUGUUUUUAUUAUCGAUCGAUUCGUUGCGCCGCACCACGUUCGUCCGUUGCAUGUUAUCUGUUUACCUACCGCUAUCCAUUGUCAAGUUCAAGAUCGGGCCGGGCAAUGACUACAAAAGAGGCUUCUGGGGCUUUCCCAGUUCUAAUUGAUGACUAAAAAUGCGAAGCGAAUGAAUCUCAAGCGUUAGUCAUGAGUCGGAGCUGGAUGUUGUGAUGUUGUGUGAUAGCAAAGAGCGACGUGUGCGGCAAAAUACUUCGACGUAUUCUCGAUAUCUUCAAAUAGUAUUAUAUAUGUAUAUGUAUAUAAUAAUGUUUUAUCUGUAUAAACUAAUUGUUAAUUGUUACGCGACGAAACGCGACGGUGUUGCGAUCUAUUCCAUCUCUAUCGACUCUCAACUACUCCCACCAUUAAUUUACUAUACUUAUUGCUUUGUUAUUGGUUUUUUCCUUUGUUAAAUGUAAACUAAGUUAAAUUGGCUUGCUGGUAUGAAAUUUCCCCUAUCUAUCAAUCUAUCUAUCUAUCUACCUCCCUCUCUGUCUAUCGCUUUAACAUUCUCGCUCUAGCUUAAUCUAUCCAAUGCUAUUUUACUAUUGCUAACUGACAAAUUGAAAUGCGGCACUGAGCGCGGCACUUGCCUGAUCAAAACUGAACUUGCUUUUUAUACUCUUAUGCUCUAAAGUACAAUUUUAAGUUCAACAAUUGAUUGAUAUUGAUCUAUUGCUAUUAUAUUUCCCUUUCGUUGUCAUAUAGAAAACGAAGAACUCCUUUAAAUUAUCCAACCCACACCGACCGCAUAUAACCAUUGGCAAAUAUAUAGACAGCAGAACGGUGAGUUUCUGCCCCAUCCUUAAAUGAAACACAAUAUCCAAGAGCAGCCGUUGACCUUAAUCAUUAAAUCGUAAACUUAACUUUUAACUAAAAACUAAACUUAAGUGAAAAGUUUUAAUUUAAUUCACAUGUAGCGUGUAUACACAUACAUAUGCCUAUGUAUCAGUAUGUAUAUAUGACUAUAGUAAUUAUAUUAUGUUUGUUGUUGAUCCAUGUCUGAUAUUUAUUAAAUAGCCAUUUAAUAGCCUUGUU